AUGGCGCACCUCUUUGUCGCCACCGUCAAACCUUCAACAGACGCUGAUGAAGCUGCUACGCCUACGCCUUCACAUACGACCGACGAGAUCCGCGAGUCCCUCCUUCGAAGUGCGUGUCGCCGUGACGCAAACAACCCGAAUCUCAAACUUGAAGAUGUGCGCUAUGCUUUGAGCCACUUCAAUGUUGGCAAAAAGGCUGUGACGCGUCAGAGCCAAAGUGCGAGGCCUGAUAGUGAGAGCAUCAUCAUGGACGGCGAGGAGGAGUCGACGGAUACUCAGCUUCAGCCUGAGCCUCAACCCGAGGCACAGACUGUGAUAGUGAAUGCUCAUGGCAAACACCUUGGCUCACCGCUUGUCUCUGUCUCUACCCAGUCUCCCAAGCGAGCUCGGACUGCCAACUCUGAAGGCGCAAGCAGCCUCUUGUUGAACAGCCCACUUGGUCGUCGCACUUCCUCCGUUUCAGUCGUUGCAGACUCACCCCGAACAGCCCCAACCCACAUUCCUCACGCGCUUGCCAAUAUCCCAUACAUCUGCUCUACCCUCGUCAAGAAGAGCGAAGACGACAGCCUCAGCUGCAGCACCCAGAUCGACGAGCUCGCAAAACGCAUCUCCACGGGCCAGAGGUCCCUUUCCAACGCCUCCCUCGAGAACACCAUCGCGACACUCGCCACCAAGCGCGCCGAGCUCGACGCCCAGCUCAUGACCAAGGCGUCCAUCGAGAAGGGCAAAGCAAUCUUCGAUCAGCACAAGCACGAAAUGGCCCUCGAUCCUGUCGCCAUCGAUACCACGACGCAGAGCUACAACGCGAGACUCCAAGCAUGCGAGCAUGACAUCGCGCAGCUUCAGCCCGAGGUGACGGCCCUUGAGGAUCAGCUUCGCAAAGACGAGGCCAGCAGUUCAGCGCUCCGGAGCCAGAUUGAGAAUGACACUUUGGAGAAGAACCGACUGGAAGCUUCCUUUCGGGAAAUUGGUGACAAGACCAAUUACUUGCGUGUCAUUGGCAGUCUCGUCGACCUUGGACCCGAUGGACUUGCUCGACUGACCAGUGAUUUGGCCAAACGGGAUAUUUCGCUGUUUGAUCUUGUGCAUCAAAUUCAAGGCAAUGGCCCUAUCGAUCCAGACUUGGAGAUGAAUUGA